AUGAGCCAAAGACUACAAAGGUUCUUUGACCUAAUUGCUGAGGAAGAUGAACCAAUAUCUGUAGGUAAAGCAAUGAGAGUUCAUCACAACGUAUUUGGUGAAGAAGAUCCCUUCUCAAAUCCCGAAGAAGCAAUUCUUACCAUGUUCAUAAUGAAAUGGUAUGAAAAGCAUCGUGAGGUUGAAGUUUCAUACUACACGUUCUUGUAUGAGUUAGGAAAAUAUAACGUCAAGAUGAAAGAAUAUCUUGAAAAGAGAAACAAUGAAUAA